UGUUUUCGUCUACUGUUAUUACUCGCCUGAAUACCAAAUUACCGAUCUUCGGUUCGUUUCUUGCGCAACACAGUCUCUACUCAUCUCUGCUCUCCGUCUAUCUUCUCUUUGUUUCAAUGGCGUCGGCGAUGGUGGAAGAUUCUAACUUGGAGGAAGAUCAGCUCGCUCAUUUGACCACGGAAGAUAUUGUUAGGGCUUCUCGCAUUCUCGACAAUGAGAUUCGCAUUCUUAAGGAGGAUGUACAUAGGACAAGUUUAGAGUUGGAUGCGUUUAAAGAGAAGAUAAAGGAGAAUCAAGAAAAAAUCAAGCUUAAUAAGCAACUUCCUUACCUCGUCGGUAAUAUUGUUGAGAUAUUGGAAAUGAACCCUGAAGAUGAAGCUGAAGAAGACGGUGCCAAUGUUGAUCUUGACUCCCAAAGAAAAGGGAAGUGUGUUGUGCUUAAAACAUCGACCAGACAGACAAUAUUUCUUCCUGUUGUUGGACUGGUUGAUCCUGAUACGCUGAAGCCUGGUGAUUUAGUAGGAGUCAACAAAGAUAGUUAUCUUAUUCUGGAUACGUUGCCGUCAGAAUAUGAUUCUCGAGUAAAGGCAAUGGAGGUUGACGAGAAACCAACUGAGGAUUACAGUGAUAUUGGAGGCCUUGAGAAACAGAUCCAGGAGCUUGUUGAAGCUAUAGUUUUGCCAAUGACUCACAAGGAGCGUUUUCAGACAAUAGGAAUCCGUCCACCCAAAGGAGUGCUUUUGUAUGGUCCUCCUGGAACAGGAAAAACUCUCAUGGCACGAGCAUGUGCUGCUCAAACAAAUGCCACUUUUCUCAAGUUAGCUGGCCCUCAACUUGUCCAGAUGUUCAUUGGUGAUGGUGCAAAGCUUGUACGUGAUGCAUUUGAGCUUGCAAAAGAGAAGGCUCCUUGCAUCAUAUUCAUUGAUGAAAUUGAUGCUAUUGGUACCAAACGAUUUGACAGUGAAGUGAGUGGUGACAGAGAAGUGCAACGAACUAUGUUGGAGUUAUUGAAUCAGCUUGACGGCUUUAGUAGUGAUGAAAGGAUUAAGGUCAUUGCCGCCACAAACAGGGCAGAUAUUCUGGAUCCUGCACUCAUGCGUUCUGGUCGACUUGACCGUAAGAUUGAAUUCCCCCAUCCUACAGAGGAGGCUAGGGCCCGGAUUUUACAGAUCCAUUCAAGAAAGAUGAAUGUCAAUCCUGAUGUGAACUUUGAGGAAUUGGCUCGCUCAACAGAUGACUUCAAUGGUGCUCAGUUGAAGGCCGUCUGUGUCGAGGCAGGCAUGUUAGCCCUUCGACGGGAUGCCACAGAGGUCAACCAUGAGGACUUCAAUGAAGGGAUCAUUCAAGUACAAGCAAAGAAGAAAGCAAGCUUGAAUUACUAUGCUUAGGAAUUGACACUUAGUUUGGAACUCUACUUCUGCAAAUAGACGGACAAUGUACUUACGUUGAUAGCGUUGCGUAUGUUGAUUUCUUCUACUUGUUCUGUAUUGAUUGAACUAUAUUCUCAAUGUCAGUUA